AUGAUGGUAUCCCGAUUUUGGGGCAGCAGCCGCAACAACAUAUCGCCAUAUGCUUCACAGGCCGAUACGCAGGACGUGCCUCACGUCACUGAGGACGACUUUAGCUAUAUCACGUCUGAAGACCUUGAAAAUACUUUACCUCCUCCCUCGCGAGCCUAUGACCCUCAAAGUCGACGGGCCCCGCCUUCUUCUAGCCUCGACGAUGACGUUCUCCUGAUCAAGAAUAAAGGUAUCACCUAUCCUGUGCAUUUCCCUGCAUAUUCCAUCGGGGAUGGAAAACUACAUGUGCGAGAUGUCCGGGAUCGCGUGGGGUUGGUCAUGGAUCUUAGCGACCGCCAGACUCGUCGCAUGAAGAUGCUCUAUAAGGGUCGUCAUCUUACAGAGCCGGACGUCCCCAUUCGCGACUAUGGCGUGAAGAACAACAGCGAGUUGCUAGUAGUAGUGCCUGAAGGGAGAUCGAGCGAUGUGGAUGGUGAGACCAGCAAUGAAGAAGUCGUCACCACGGAGGAUCCACAGAAGUCUAAGAAGGCCAAGAAGAAUAAGGGUCGAAAGAAGAAGAAGGACCGUAUCGAUCCCCGCGAAAGUACAGCAAAUCUUGAAGUGCCCGGGCAUAGGGCAGACCGAGAGGGCAGGAAGCCAUCCCCGGAUCCGUCUAUCCACCCAUCUAGAGUACCUUCUCCCGCAGUGCCUCCUGGACCUACAGACAAGCUACAAGCAAUCAGAAACCAUUUUGAUACGAAGCUCUUGCCACUUUGCCAGGCUUUUAUGGAUAAACCGCCGAGGGAGCAGAAGAAGUUGGUAGAUGAGCAUCGGAAACUGAGCGAGACGAUCAUGCAGCAUGUGUUACUGAAACUAGACGAGGUAGAUACGGGAGGCGACCCUGACGUCAGAGCAAAGAGGAGGGAGCUUGUGAAGUAUGUCCAGGAUGUAUUGAAGGAUAUCGACGAGCGUCUACCUCUGUCCAUUAGGCCUAAGGAUAGAUGA